UACUGCAGCUCGUGUUAUUCAACGUUCAUCUAUAAACAUCUGUUUAUAAAUUAAAACUAGUGAAAUAUAUUAUGUUAGCUUUACGAACGGUACUGCCACGCGGGAAACAAUUUUCCGUGGUCCUGGGAAAUGCCUCCCGCCAGAUUUCCCUACCACAAAGUUGCAGAUGUAUUGCUGGAUAUACGACAAAACCCCAAAAAUCCGAACCACAAAAAUUCCAACAAUUCAGGUGGCUCUCGGUCAAAUCCACAAAAACCGAUUCCGAGGAUGCACUGCAGCGGAUUUAUUACGGUACUCUUGCUCCCCGGAUGAAAAUGGUUAAGUUUUUCUCGUUGAGCACCAGUUUGGCCGGUUUGGCUGCCCAGCCGAUUCUCCUCGAACAGGGAAUGAAAAUCGGAGGCACCGGAAUGGCCGUAUUCCUUUGUACCAUCGGUGGAUUCUUCACUUUUGUGACUCCAUUGCUGCUGCACUUUAUCACCAAGAAAUAUGUGACGGAACUGCACUAUAAUCCCCAAACGGACGAGUAUACAGCCACCACAAUCUCCAUUCUCCUGCAAAAGAUCAAGACGAAAUUCCAACCCAAAGAUGUGGUUGUGCCAGAGGUCCCCGGCAUGUUCACAUCUUUUCUGGUCAACAAACGUCCGCUUUUUGUGGACCCCGCGCUUUUCGAUGACCCCGAACACUAUGUGCGGAUUAUGGGAUACGACAAACCAAUCGAUUUCAAACUGGAUCUUAGCUCAAAUCCCGAAAAGCCCGUAAAGUCUAAGGAGCAGUAAUAAAAAAAGGCUAUUCUUAUGGCAGGAUAACAAGAUUUAUUUAUAAAAUAAAAUCCUUUGUAAGGAAAACACUUGUACAUAACAAAAAAAGGAAUAUUUCUCGC